UGUUUUGAGGUUUUAAAAUGCCAGAGUCAGCCAAGUCCGUUCCUGCCCCGAAAAAGGGCUCUAAGAAGGCAGUGACCAAGGCGCAGAAGAAGGAUGGCAAGAAGCGCAAGCGCAGCCGCAAGGAGAGUUAUUCUGUGUACGUGUACAAGGUGCUGAAGCAGGUCCACCCGGACACCGGCAUCUCGUCCAAGGCCAUGGGCAUCAUGAACUCGUUCGUCAACGACAUCUUCGAGCGCAUUGCGGGCGAGGCGUCGCGCCUGGCGCAUUAUAACAAGCGCUCGACCAUCACGUCCAGGGAGAUCCAAACGGCUGUGCGCCUGCUGCUGCCCGGGGAGCUGGCCAAGCACGCCGUGUCUGAGGGCACCAAGGCUGUCACCAAGUACACUAGCUCCAAGUAAACUUGCCAAGAGGAGCAAAUGGGCUUUAGAAAUGUAUUUUCUCACCACUGGUCACUGCUGGACACUGUUGCAUCUCACAAAUAAGUCAAUGAAAAUGAUACUAGAAGAAGAUAAAAGGAGGUA